UCGCGCUUUUGUCGAUCCAAUUGGACUCCGCACACCAACAUCAGCAACAACUUUACAGUGUCCAUUUCAUAUCGACGACACCCAGUUGCCUAGCCAACCCUCACACCCACCCACCCCCGCCUCUCUUCCACUGCGUGAAUGCGUAUGUGUUAUAUGCGUGUGCGUGUGUGUUGCAGUACAUAGCGUGUGAUCCGGUCCAUAUACAUUUUACAUUUCUUGUCUAGUAGACAGCCCUUGUUGUGCCUUAUAUAUAAGAACCACCUCUCUCUCUCUCUCUCUCUCUCUCUUUCUUUCUACUCUUUCUUCUCUUUUUCUCUUUCGCUUUUUUUUCUAUUCGAGACAAACCUUCGUUUAACAAGAUACAUGCCGGAUCUCGAAAGUCUCGUUCAGCAAUCUUCGUCGCAACAACAACCUCACGCUCAUGUUGGCGGCGGGUGGCAAACUUCUUCGGUGGCGUCUACGUCAACGUCAAGUUUACACCAAGGUGCGUCCGGAACCUCUUCCGUGCAGUCGGAUUGCAGCAGUGUACUUAGUCAUGACAACGGGCAGCAUCUCGAGAUUGCUGCAAUUGAGUCGACAUUUAUGGUUCACGAUUUUGACAAACGCAAACAAAAGUGGGUGGAGCGGACCCGAACGGUGUUUAAUGUCAUUAUCGAAGACAAGUAUCAGAACCGAUCACUUGUUCGCUAUGUUCCCGACUUUGUGGAGUUUGAUAAGCGGAUCAAGACGCAUUACCCUAAAGUCAGAGUGCCGUUGCCUCAGCUGGUCGAGCCGCAUUUGCACAUGUACACGCAGCGCAGACGACGAAAUAGCGUCACAUCACUUAUUUCCCGUAUCAUCAAAUUCACGUCGUCUGGGGGGAAAUCAAACUCUGAAAAGAUCGAAAUGUAUCUAAGACGAUGCGCACUCCAUCCAACGAUUGGCCGGUCCAGUCUCUUUCGGGAUUUCUUGGCUGCUCAACGCAGCGAAGAUCAAAUCGUUCCCAACCGCGCCAUUUUAGAGCAGAUCCACUUGGAGCAGAGCAAAAUCCUGUGCCACCGUGCCUCGUCGAUUGUAGCAGCACCAGCAGCAAUGGCAGUAGCUGCACCUUUUCCUUCACAACCAAAAGUAGUAUCAGGACCAGCAGCAGUUACAAUGAUGGGUACUACUACAACUACCAGAUCGUCAUCGUCGUCAUCACAAUCCUCCUAUGUCACGCAUACUUCUGGAUCUUCUAUGGUGGUAUCUUCGAUGGAUUCGUGUCACGGCGGCAACGAUGUAACCAGCAGCAACAGUAACAUACUUGGCGGUAUCUCAAUACAUGAGCCUCGCACAACAUCACCGGCUGAAAUAGUGAUUGGCGGUGAUAUCAGCAGCACAGCGACGUACGAAAGCCUUAUUGACGAUGGUAGUGAUAAACCAACGAAAAUUGCGGUUAGGGAUUUUGAGAUACUCAAAGUGUUAGGCCGAGGAUGCAUUGGAAAGGUAUUCUUGGUGCGGCGCAUCCAUCCUCCUAGCAAAUUACUAGCGCUCAAGGCGAUUCGUAAGCAAUGGGUCAUAACCUCGAGACAAAUUGAACACACGAAAACUGAACGUGAUAUCCUGACGAAGAUUGCAAAAAUCCGCCACCCAUUCCUCAUCAAGCUGCACUACGCUUUCCAAGACACUAAUCAGCUGUUCCUGGUGUUUGAUUUUCAUGUCGGUGGUGACCUGGCCACUCAACUCAAGAAUGAUAGAAUGUUUACACCCAAACGAUGCAGGCUUUAUGCAGCGGAGAUUCUGUUGGGUUUGGAAGAGCUGCAUCGCAUGGGAAUUCUGUAUCGGGAUUUGAAGCCAGAGAAUAUCCUACUGCGAGCAGACGGUCAUCUAGUGCUCACCGACUUUUCACUAUCAAAGUUGCUGGGUAGUGAUGACUUGGAGCGGACAAAUACAUUUUGUGGCACACCGGAAUACCUUGCGCCGGAAGUUAUACUAGGCGAAGAUUACUCCUAUGCUGUCGAUUUCUGGAGUUACGGCACUAUUUUGUACGAGAUGAUGGAAGGCGAGCCACCUUUUUACCUCGAAAACACAAUGGCAAUGUAUCGACGAGUCCUGGUUGCGCCAUUAAUACUGCCAGAUGAUUUUGAUCCUUGUGCAGCCGACUUGAUCAGCGGGCUAUUGCAGCGCGAACCUUCUGCACGCAUGGGUGUCGACGCUAUCCGGAACCAUCCUUACUUUAAGUCCAUAGAUUGGGACGAUGUUUACCACCGUCGCAUCUUACCACCCUAUGUUCCUGACUUGCGAUCCAAGGACGACUGUGCCAACUUUGAUCAGGAAUGUUUGGCAGAAAGUCCUCGACUUAGCUCCUCGCUUGUUGAUAAUAAUGGCAGUACCAACCGGAUACAGCAUACAAGUGGCAUGACCUUCCAGGGAUAUUCGUAUAUAAAUGACAGUCAGAUCACUGAGGAUACUCCGUCGUUCACCAAUGACAGUCGAUGGAUGCUGACAGAGGAGGACGGUGUGUCCAGCUUCGAAGAUGAUGAUGCCCCUCAUCAUCAUUAUCAGCAACAACAGCAACAGCGACGGCAACGUUGUCAUCAACAAAGCAGUGACAUGUCUUUCUCGAACGACAGUCUAAAAAGUCCCAAUGACAGCACCAUCACUGAUCCAAACCCAUCAUUUACUGGCGGUCAGCAGCGAAACAGUCGCGUAUUCUACUACAACGACAGCGAGGUUGUACCGUAUGAUAUCACAACCGAAAGUGAUGAGUACAUGCCAACAGCUGGCACCAGUACAGCAGCCGCACCAUCCUUCUAUUACGGCACUGGAUCCGCUCUCCUUUCAGUGGAUGACCGGCUCGAUGAUGAGGAUGGUAAUGACAGCGACGACGUUGAGUUUGUUGAUGGCUACGAUACGAAGACUUCUUCUCCUGCCCCACGGCUCAAUAAUGAGAGACCACCAACGUCAAGACUCCCUGGUAUCUCAUUGUCACGGCAUUAUGGUGCCCGUCAAAUCAAUGCCAACUUUUAAAACGACACAACAACUCUUACCAUACCGCAACACUCCUAUAACGAUACAAUGCACUUACGACCAACAUACAGGCUCUCUCACGUAACUCACACAGCGUUGUCUCAUUCCGAGCGACUCCACACUCACUUUAAAUAUACUUAUAAACCCCCCCCCAUCAUCAUGUAUCUAUAGUUUGAACCUUUCCAAUCGUGUGCUGAUUAUUUUUAAUUUCUCUUCUUUGUAUUUCUCACCUCUGUAUUCAAUAUCGUCUUUUACAAAUGUUCUUUUCUUCCCUCAUACUUGUAGCAAUAUUAGCCACUAGAUGAUGUAAUUUUUUUCUUGUAACCAAUUAGCUUCAAUCUCAUCAUAAACCUUUUCAAAC